AUGGCCGCAGAUAAACUGCAGAAACAGCGAGUAUCCCGGGGGGUUCGCACGCCUGUUGGAGGCCGAGGCAUCACCGAUUGUGCAGCCAGGCGCUGGCCCGAGGGAGCACUGGUGGAUGAGUGCUGCAUACCUGUCAAGCUGGCGUGCUGCACAUGUGUCUGCAUUGACAAGCCGAGAUCGACCACGGGAACCAGGGUCCCCGAUCUCUGUCCGCCGUUGGGUGAACUCAGGCCCUGUAAUUCGACGUGUUGUGCCUUGGACCGUGGCGCGGGGAAACAAUGCGAGUGGCUGAGCGCCGUGAAACGUGGUGUCUAG